AUGGAGGACACCAGAAACCCCAUUGGUGAGGACGAAUCUCUCGUCCUGGUAAACGACCCCAAGGUUUUGCACUGGGACCCCAUCUCUUGGAACGUCGACUCGACGCUGCAACGCAAGGCCCGAACUUGCCCACCUCGUGAUCUUCUGCUGAAACCAGUUCUUCGAAGCAAGUUCAGACGCCGGUUUCUGCAGCGCGCAAACGAAACGGCCAGCAUGACCGCGUCGCCGGAAUGUCAGGCGGAUUUCUACGCGCUUGAGAUGAUGGUGGCAAGGUGGAACCGUACACAUUCUAUCGUCGUCCUCUUUGUUGUAAGCUCUCCGUCCGAUGUUACGACCCGCAAAGAUGCAUCAAAACCUCCCCCAUCCAACGCUUUGGAGGUCCCGCGCACGCUCGCCCACGACACGCACACGAGGCGGGAAUUGAAGCUUGAAGCUUUGUGGCAAACAUCGGCAAACCCGGCCAGUUAUGUUGAGAGACCGUUCCGGACCCUAUUGUCGAACGUCGUCCAUCCCACCAUGUCGUCUCCGCAAGGGCAAGUUCUGAGUACCGAUAUCCUCGAAAGCAUCAUCGAAUACCUGGGCGCGGAGAGCAGGAACCAACCCACAACAUCGGAGGCCUUCCAGGCACUUCUCAACUUCUCCCUCACCUCGUCGGCCACCCUUCAUCGCUGCAGGACCUUCAUCUUCGAAUCACUCAGUUUUGCAGAUCCUGAAAGGAAGAAGAACCGACCCUCUGUCGAUGUCUAUAUCCAGCAGUCUUUGGAAAUGCUACGGGAAUCUCCACACCUGGCCGUGUACAUCCGAAAGAUAUCGGUGUGUGACAUGUCCAUGGUGCCCGUGUCGUCUCUAGGGUCGGACGUCGAGGAUCCGCGCGAACGGGCAGCAAGAUUCAAGCUGUUAGAAAAGAGGCGCACCGACUCGUUCCUACAUCUUCUCCCUCAAAUCCUUCAUCUCUUGCCAUCAAUCGUCGCUGUCGAUCUCAGGGCUCAUGUGCUGGGCAUCGCCCUGGAGAACGUACUGAUAGCCUCCCUCGAACAAAUCAUCGAAGGAUGCAAGAGUGCCAACCGCCAACUACAGAGCGUUACGCUUCGGUCUUUCUCCGCCUUUCCGAGCCGGUUCAUACACCAGCUGAUCGCCAUGACGGCCCAACUUGGGCUAAUACUCGUUAACGAAAGCGAUGGCGACGACGCAACAUCGACGUCAACGCGCAUCCUCUCCCCUAUCCGUAGCCUCUGCAUCGUGACAAAGGGCCACAUUCUGUUGAACUUCUGGAACCAUCACUUCCCAUCUUUGCGAUGGCUCUCCAUCACUUCGAUGGCUGCGGGGACUUCCAUCGGCGUCAAACACUUCCUCUCCUAUUGCAAAGAUACGAUAGAGACGCUCACUCUGGCAUUCACCACUUGCCAGGCUCUCAAGCCCCUUGUGGAUGACGACGAUAGUGCAGUAGUAUUUCCUCGGUUGACACAGCUUCGAUUCAAGGCUCAAGGCCCAUAUUAUCGGCCACAGCCUGAGAACAGUCAUCUUCGGGGAUUGCUCGCACAGCUCGCAGUUCCCGUUCUCUGUCGGUACCUUGAAAAAUUGCCUGGCCUACGGGAGCUCGCCAUAGAGGUGACUUGGGAGUCGGAUGGGGGCGACGAUCUAACGUCUCAGAAUCUAGUGUCGACAUCGGAAGAAGAUGCGGAGCAUCUCAGGAUAUGGGAGCCAUUGGACCGGGUGCUCGCCGACAAGCAGCUUCUCCCCAACCUCAGAAGGGUUACAGUCAAGCCUUAUCCGCUGCAGUCUCUCGCAGAUGGUUAUACCAGGUCUGUGCACCUGGAGGCAGAACGAGCCUUUCCUUUGGCGAGAGCGCGGUUUAGCACUGACCUCGACAUCCUUCCUACCGGUCGCCAUAUCACUGGAUUCUCGUGA